AUGGGUAAGCAGCCCAAAUACGAAACAGGAAGCGAUAGAUAUGAUAAUCCAGGUGGAAGGAUAAAAGCAAUAAAAAAGUUGGACGACAUCGAACCCGACUCUGAGGACGAAUUUCACGCUAGAAGGGAAAAAAUUUUACUGGACACUUAUGAUGAACGGAAUUAUGAUGAAACUGAGUCUUCCGAGGAAGAGGUAUUCGCAUUAAAAACUGGAGAUACUUCUGAAGAUGAUAAAGAUGAUGAAUUCAGCGAAGAAUCGGAAGUAUCACAGGAUGAAGAUGCUGUAAACUUUGAUGCGACAUGGGGUGGUCACAAAAAAUAUUAUUAUGAUGCCGAUGAGAUCUCUGAUUUGGAGGAGGCUAAGGAGGAGGAAGAAGAAGCGCUAAGGUUGCAGAAAAAAAGAAUUAGCCAAAUGGCAGAAGAUGACUUUUUAGAACACGAAGAAUUAGUAGAAUCGAAAAUGGAUGACAAAAAGCUCAAGAAACAAAAUGACAAGCAAAAUCUUUUCGCCAAUUCAAGCGAAAUUCAAACUGAAGUUUUGAACAAAGACCGCCUGGCUUCUUUACCGCAUGAAGAAAUUUUAAGAAUAAUACAAAGCGAGUCUCCAGAGCUGAUUGAAUUACUAAGCGAGUUCAAUAAGAAGUCAUUGUUGCUUCAGGAAACAAUAUCGUUAUUGGAAAAAGCUCGGCAAAAAAACAAAAUAAAUAGCCCAGCAGUAAAAUUUUUGUCGAUAAAGCAUCAAACGCUGGUGCAUUAUCUAACAAAUAUUUCCUUUUUCCUCGUUCUAAAAUCUUCGGGAACAAAAAAUCUGCGAGAACAUCCCGUAAUUGACGCGCUUGUGGAAUUAAAAGUGGCUUUAGAUAAGCUAAAGGAGUUGGAAUUUAAAGUCGGUGAUCUUAUCAAAGAAUUUAUAGAUAAUCUUGAUCAACCGGACGAAGUUUUAACUGAGAGCAAAAAUGAAAAUGGUGACGAAGGAGAACGAGCUGUGGAUUCAAAAAAAAAAAAAUCAAAGCAUAUUAAGAAAAAAAGGGUUAGAGUGGACGUGAAAAUAAAUGGGAAGAUGCCUCGAUUAUCUCCUGAUGAUGUUAAUAGAGAUAAUAAGACUCCACAAAUACUGCCAACACCUAUAGUUGAGGAAGAGUUCGUUAGCUUUAAGAAAUCAAAAAAUAAGCGAAAGCUGGAUUCUACCGACUUUGGCGAUUUAGAUGCCUUAGAUGAAAUAGAUGCUGAAGAGAAAGCACGAAAAAAGUCUCUAAGGCAUUAUGUUGCUAAAAUUGAUCAAAAAUUGGCAAAGCACGACAGAGCAAUCCGUCAGAGCGGGGAUGCUGACCUUCCCUACAAAGAUCGAGAUAAUAUUAGGAACAAUAAGAUAAUUCGAAGUCAAAAAGAAAGUGAUGCCAACUUGGAUGACCAAGAUUGGGAUGAUGAUGACAUGCAAGCAGCCAUUGAUAUGGAUAAUGAAGAUGACUUCUACCAGGCUGUGAAAAAUGCGAAGAAAGUUGUGAAGGAACAGAAGAUGAUUCGGUCUGAGGAAACCAAUGUUAUAUAUGAGGAGGAUGAGACUCUUCCCGAUGGUGCUAAGCGCCAGAUUAAUUACCAGAUUCUUAAGAAUAAGGGUCUUACACCUCGUCGUAAGAAGGAGCAGCGGAAUCCACGUGUUAAACAUCGAAAUAAAUACGAGAAAGCCAAGAAAAAGAUUAAGAGUAUUAGACCCGAGGUUACGAAGCAGCUGGGAUCUUAUGGUGGUGAGAAGACGG